CUCUUCACCUUCACCAUUUCCAUUAUUUUUUCUUCAUUCAACCUUACUGAUAGAGUUCUGUUUCUUCCACUACUUUUCUCAACAGAAUAUGAGCAGAAAGUUUUCCCCGAUUAAGGAUCUCAACGAUUCAAAAGAAACAUGGAGAUUGGCCGUUCGAGUUGUUGAUUUUUGGAGUGUUAUCAACAGCAAGGGUAAGGAGCAUCUGGAGAUGGUUCUAAUGGACGUAUCGGGUGAUAGGAUACAAGUUUUGAUUCGUUCUGACCACACACCAAAAUGGAAAGCAAGAAUACGCGAAAACAUGUCUUGCAUAAUCAACAAUGGAACUGUUUAUGAAAACGAUUUUCAGUGGAAGCUUUGUGAUCACGACAAGAAAUUUGUGUUUAUUGGUGGUACAACUGUUAAGGAAGUUGAAAUUCAGAACCUUCCUCCCAAAAGAUUUUUUUUCAAAGACUUUAAUGAUAUUCUUGGAGGAAAUUGUGAGAUGAACCGACUUGAAGAUAUCAUUGGUGUGGUUCAAGAAAUCAACAAUUUUCAAUACAACAAUUCUGGAAAAAAAUCAUUUGUUUCACUGAGUCUUAAAGACUUGAAAGGAGUCAUUGUUAACUGCACAUUAUGGGAGAGCUACGGAACAAAAUUUUUGGACUUCUACCACGACGAAAAAAACAGUGGUGCUAUUGUAAUAAUACUAACUCAUGCAAUGAUAAAGGAAUCACAAGUCUCAAAUGGUUGGAGUGGAUCUAAGUUGCUUAUUAACGAAGACAUUCCAGAGAUAACUGAGUAUUUAUCAAAGUUACCGUCAAAUGAGCAGACUGAAAAGCCUUCGCAGUCUUCGAAGGGAAUGUCUCUUUGGUCUGGUGCCUCUCAAUUCACCCCAGUCGAAAGUUUCGUUCAUAAGGCCAAGUGUAUUUCUCUCAGUGAACUUUGCAAGGUGAAACAGGACAUGUUAUGCGUUACUGUUGGAACAACUCAAAGAUUUUUUGUCUCAAAACACGGUUGGUUUUAUUAUGGGUGUACUAAAUGUUCUCUAAAGGCAUCUGAUGUGAACAAUCCAUACAAAUGUUCAUGUGGACAGAAUGUAGAACAUGCCAUACCGAGGUUGUAUUUUUCAACCUUUAAUCAGAUUAAUUCAUUUGCCAUUAUUCAAUAUUUGUAG